GUUAAACUUGUCCCUUUUGGUUUUCUAAAGUACGGCAUGACUCCGUUGAUGCACGCCGCAUGCAAGGGCCGGGCGGACAUGUGUCGUCUGCUGCUGCAGCACGGAGCAGAUGUCAAUUGCAACCAGCACGAGUACGGAUACACGGCUCUGAUGUUCGCUGGUCUGUCAGGAAAGACCGACAUCACCUCCAUGAUGCUGGACGCGGGGGCCGAGACAGACUUGGUGAAUUCGGUGGGUCGAACCGCUGCUCAGAUGGCAGCGUUCGUAGGCCAGCAUGACUGUGUGACGGUGAUAAACAACUUCUUUUCACGGGCACGGCUGGAGUUUUACACCAGACCUCAGGGACUGGAAACGGAGCCAAAGUUGCCGCCGAUGUUGGCAGGACCGCUGCACAAGAUAAUAAUGACCACCAACCUUAACCCAGUAAAGGUGAGGCCCAAUAAGGAAUACAUGUGGAUUUUGCUUUCACUGUCUGGCAAAGUUUUCCUGAGAGGAUAG